GUAUUUUCUCGAGUGUUUCCCUUCCCUCCCUUGCUUGGGGUUUUGUUUGUUCGGCCCAUGUCGGGCCCCCCGACGACCAUCUCAUGCAGAAGCAACGGACUUCGAGAGACUAAAACCUCCGAGGUUCAGGCCUGCUGCUUCUGGAUUUAUAUGAGGACAUCGACACAACGCCCCUACGUACUCUAUCCGUCGGCGCGCAACGACAGCACGAGGGACGAUACACGCAGCAAUGAGAGACCUCACUUUUAUCAGCAGGCUUCUGGUACUGGCUGCCUCUCUAUCCGUGGCAGUCACAGCUCUGCCACCGAGAGUUGUCACUCAAUUAUACGCCAAUCCAACCUGUACUGGGAAUCUCCUCGGGUUUAAAGUCUAUCCCUUACAGGACGACUACCCUCCUUCUCUUUGUGAGAUGGUGGCUCCUUUAAGAAAUUGUUCCCAAACGGUCGACAUCACGGGCAAACCCGUGCCUGUGUAUUCUACUACCAUAUGCUACACCUCCAUGACUACGGAUCAACUCCUCAGCAGCAACCCUUCGGUGGGUGAACGAUGGGGUUCCGGAAAUGCGGUCUACCGUGAACCGGAUAGUUUGAUCAGUUGCGGUAGCGGACAGCUGGAUGGCAUCUUUUUCCUCUUUGGCAAUGGCCUUUGUCCCGCAACUUCUACCUGCCGCAAUUCGACCGCGACGGUGGGGCAGCCUUUCAGGCCGCCUAUCAAGACGUCAACCGGGAGCAUUUGCGGAAAGUUCAGCGAUGUAUGGACAUCGUUGCAAGCCGGGAACAAGACGUAUGGCUCAUACGUAUCGUCGCCGCCCCCCGCGAGCGAGGCACCCGGUGGCUCUGUUGUCUCUGGCGGCUCUGACGGCAGCGUUAUCUCUACACCAGCGGACCAAGCCUCCUCCCCCAGCGCAACGAGCAGCGCAAAGUUCAGUGGAGGCAUCUACACUCGCUUUGGAGGCUCAUGCUUCGAUGCAUGCAUCGGCUACUGCAUAGCACACGUUAACAUCACAGUUACGGGAAAUACUAUCACAAGCACGCGGGUAAACGACGCGAGCGAAGUGAAGCCUAAAGAACUCGAAUCCUGCCCAUGUACUCCACUUAAGGGCAGCAUCACCGGCGCCGCUAGCGCAAUGUUCAGCACCGAUUCCCCUGGUGUCUUCUGGUAUGCCUUAAUACGGAAUGACACCAUAGCCGCAAACUUGAUCUCCAAUGCGGGUACAUGCUCUGCGUUUCUGAAGAAAGACGGUUCAGUGGCCGCCACUGAUGCCGCUCCGGUCGUCCUGGAGAAAAAAACACAAGCAUUCCGGCCGGGGCAAGAAGCUAGUAGUGUCCCCGUCCAGCUCACGUCGGAACUCAAGAUGCGCCUAGACACCAAAGGCGCUCUCGUGCAGGUUGAUGUGGAGCGGAAGAGUGCACCGCCAGCUGGGCGCUCCCUACCUGCGUCUGCCACCUCCCUCAACGUCUUUUACACGAUCGACGCGAACACGAGUCAGGCCGUGGACGCUACCUUGGAUCACGUGUAUGAUGAUCUUGCCCUGGCGGCGGCCAAGGUGGCGACCAAAGAUCUUCGAUGGGCGUACCUCAAGGUCCCCGACAACGUGUGGGUCCCGCAGACCACAUCGGUCAACACCACCGCGAAGACCGUCUCCUGCCAAACCACGCAUUUCUCCGAAUGGACGGUAUACGUGGACGGCAGCGCGACGAAGAGCAGCGCGUCGACAGUCGUGCGAUCGCCACCGCUCAUCACCGUGGGAGUGCUGGCGGUCAUCGCGAGCGUCCUUUUGACCUGAUUCUCUGCCUGAGAUGAAUGACGCCCCUCUGGCCUCCCGGAUUCAGAUCCAUAUGCCUUGCUAAACAAUAAAAAAAAGUUUGAGUAUCCCAUUAACGGCCAUGAACGAUGCUACCUGCCUUUGACGUCGUUGGGGGGCGCAUGUGGACCGCACACUUUCUCUCCGACUGCACGGAUGCCCGAUGUUCCGACUGGCGAGGGGGAUGGGCACCGAGGGGCAAUCAUGGUUGGCGAUUCUAUUUGGGCACUGA